AUGUACAGCGAUUUGUUCGAUAGAGGCCCUGCAAAUGGAUACUUCUUCACGUUCAAGAUAUGUGAAGCGGGCGACCCGGAGUCUACGGACUGGGGGUACUAUGAGGAGAAACUGGAGCUCAAGUUCUUCAAUGAGCGGCUGGCUCGCCCAGAGGCGGGCCCCUUCUUUGGCUGCAUACUAUCAGGGUCCUAUGCCCAAUUCUAUAAAGAAGUGGCCUGUGAUGAGUAUAGUCAUUUUCACUGCAUUUGCAAGUGCGAGCUAGAAGGUAGACUCACACUUCACGUAGUCAAAGAUAGAUGGCUGAUCGACUUGUGGGGCUUCGAUCGAGUCAUUCAUGAGAUCUGCGCCAUCCGAUAG